AUGGCUCCUAGCAGGAAGAGGAAGGGUAAUACGACAGCUGGUGGAAACAACAAGCGCGCUAAGAACGCGAAGCGCAGCGACAGGAGCAGCGUUACCAUGCCCAGCUCCCCCAUGUUACGAACCUCCACCUCCACGGAGCAGCUUCUCCCGCCGAAGUUGGGCACCUUGCCCAUCGAGAUCCUUGAACAGAUCGUGGAAGACAUGAGUCUCGAAGACCAGGUGCAUUUUGCAUCAGCUGCAAUCGAGGGCGGCUACAUCCACAUCGUCGACACGCUCAUUGCGAUCAACGUCGAAGUUAUCCUCAUAAUUCUCAGGCAGAUUGGCGGCUUUCCACAACUUCCAGCAUUCGCCAACGAGCCUCUCACCAUCUCAGGUUGUCUGAUGACAAUCGAGGGCCGUACCAACAUGGACAGGCCUAGCGCCACCUCUUUAGCGCAGCUAGGUAUCACCGACUUGACCGCCACGUACAGCACACUAUUCCAGGCCAUCGGUACAGACCCAGCGCAAGUGGACGCUACAACGGUCUAUCACCCGCGUCAGGCCGAGCACACCCAACUCCGUCGACUUCGAGCCAACGACGAGCUGGUACGAUACUGCCAGGAUGGAGGAAAGGGGCGGAUACUACUAUGGCCAUUGCGCCUUUUCGUCGACAUUGACGCCUUACCACAGGUUGACGAUAUCUGCAGAAAGUGCUUUGCUCGGUCACCUUUCGGGACACGCCAUUAUCCGUUCCUCUACUGCGACGAAUGCUUGGAGACGCGAUUCGAGGGCAACGAGCUGAUCCGCUUCGCGGAUGUAGACCAUUUCAUGGCGCCAGUCAAGAAGGAUCCAACACCAACUUUCGCUCGUGCACUCGAUCACCCUUGGCUAUGCUUGAUCGGGAACAAGAACACAAGACGCAUGCCCGGGCAGCCAGGGCCAGGCCCAUGGAUUACUCGAGAUCAUCUCCCCUUCCUCUUCCGCAUGCGAUGCAACGCCAACUUACCCGAGGGAGUGAUUGGCCCAGUUAUCAAGCUGGAAUGUCUUCUGCCCAGCCGUGCCAUGGAUAAUGCACUCAUCAAGCGCUACGAUGCUUGCAUGAUCUGCAUCAACAAUGCUCAGGAGGUCAUCGGUACACAAGAGCGGGCGCUACCUUUGCCUCCUUGGCAUCCCGUUGGGCAUCCCCGGAGAGUACAACGCACUAGUCGAGGCCGUAUUGGUGUGCAUGACAUGGUUCGGAUGCGUGGUAUGCGGCGUAAGGAGUGGUUCGAAGCGGCGUUUGAGGCAGCCGCCACCUCUUACGAUUGGUGGCAUGCUACUAAGCAGAGGCGAGCAGCUUGGAACCGAGCCCGUUGGUCGUCUGUAACGAGAAUGGAUAUUGAGGCCAUCGGCCGGCCGUAG